GUCGCUCGGGGGACUGCUUUCUCUGCCGGACCCUCCCUGGCGCAGGAUCUGAAAAUGGAGAGCGACAUCCUGGACGCGCUGGAGGCUCUCGGAUACAAAGGACUUCUUCUGGAUGAAGAUGCCCUUAAUAAAGCAGCAGAAAGUGGUUUGGCUUCCCAAGAUUUCUGUGAGCUUUGUGUUUGGUUAAGUUCUCAGAUACAGCCAUUGUGUAAUCUGGAAGAAAGCAUCUCCUCAACAAAUGGUAGUGAAGAUGUUGAAAGUUUACAGCUCGAGUUGAGCGGCUUUUUAAAAGAACUGGCUUGUCCAUAUUCCACACUCAUAUCUGGAGAAAUUAAAGACCGGUUAAAAAAGAAAGAAGAUUGUCUUAAAGUUCUAUUAUUUUUAAGCACAGAACUUCAGGCUUUGCAGAUUACACAGUUCAAGCAACAUAAAGGUUCUCAUUUGAUAAAGAAUAAUGAAAUCCACCAAGAAAUCCAAAAGAUCUGUGAUGUCUUGAAUAUAUCAAAGUCAUCUUCUUCUUCGGAUGUUCAUCCUCUCCCAGUAAUAUUAAGCAAUAUAGAAUCAAAGCUUAAGGGCAUUUUGUCAAAAGUUCCAAAUACUCACGUGGGUAAACCCUUGCUAAAAGAGCCUUUAAAUCAAGAUCAAAUGGAAAAAUUGGAAAAAAUUAAUGACGCUCUUCUCAGUGAAUAUGAAUGCCGGCGUCGUAUGUUAAUGAAGCGUUUAGAUGUCACUGUACAGUCUUUUGGAUGGUCUGACAGAGCAAAGGUGAGAACAGAUGAUAUUGCAAGGAUUUAUCAACCCAAACGUUAUGGACUCUCUUCUAAAUCAUCUGUCUCAGUAGCUCAUCUUUUAGCUGCUCGGGAAGACUUAUCAAAGAUCAUAAGAACAAGCAGUGGAUCUUCACGUGAAAAGACUAUGUGUGCUAUUAAUAAGGUCUUGAUGGGAAGGGUACCAGAUCGUGGAGGGAGACCGACUGAAAUUGAACCACCUCCUCCUGAAAUGCCCCCAUGGCAAAAGAGACAAGAUGGUGGUGGUCGAGGAGGAGGAAGAGGGGGCUGGGGGGGAGGAGGAGGUGGCAGGGGAGGAGGUAGGGGAGGUGGUGGUGGUUGGGGGGGAGGGGGAGGGGGAGGGGGCUGGGGAGGUGGUGGUGGUGGUAGGGGAGGAGGUGGUGGCGGUGGUGGCUGGAGAGGUAGUGGUGGUGGUUUCCAAGGGAGGGGUGAUUACAGUGGCCGAGGUGGAUAUGGAGAAUCAUAUGGUGGAAGGGGAGGAGGAGGAUACAGAAGGUAUUAAUACAAUCAGUAGAUUUAUACAGACUGCUUACUAUGAGCAGAAGACCCAGAAUAAAUUAUAGAUGGCUAAGCAGCAUGAUAUCUCAACUACCUUGAUCCUCCUUAGUGAUGAAUUAUUCUAACUCACUUCACCAUAGAGCCCUUUGCACAUGAUUUCCAGCACAGAUGUGUUUCCCAUUUAUGAAAGUGCAUGUACAUAUGUGCAUUUAUCACACCAUUUAUCACACCAUGGUAAUUUCUGUGUGAUUGGAAACCAUGAAAUGUGGAGAGUUGCCACAUUGUGAAUAUGCAACAAAAUAAACACAUAUGGCCGUGGCACUUUGGAUACUGAGCCCAUAUGUAUGUGCUGUUUUUCUCUGCAGAAAAUAUGUAGAAAAUGUGUCGUGUGAAAGGGCUCUAUUUGUUUGAUCAAGUGAAAACCUGUUAAAUACGCUAUUCUUAUUUUUGACACUGUUUGGGGCAUCUAGGUUUGUUGUUUUUUUUAAAUCAGCUUCAGAAAUAUGAAAAUUGAGCCUGUUCAGACUUCAGUGAUUGCCUUUUAGAAAGAAUAUAGCAAUUAUGGAGAAUGAUGUAACAUGUGCUUCUUAUUAAAAAUAGAACUACUCCCCCAUGUUCUAGGGGAUAGUCCACAUUUCUGAAGAGGCUAGGAGGAGGUGGAGUGUUUCCAACUUCCCAUCCCAGCUUUCUUCCCUACUUGGAACUGGAGGGAGACAGGGAUGGCUAUGAAACUCCUAGGUUUUCCUGUCCAUCUAUGUAGUUUUAAAUUAAGGAGGAAAAGGCUUCCCUCAUCCAGUUGUGCCCAAAAGCGAUGCCACACUUGCCAUUGUAAUCAUAAUUGCUGAAGUCUGAUGAUAACCAGUCCUGAUAAAUAGAAUGUCUGAUCAUCAUCCAUUUCAUAAAAAAUUACUCCCAAGAUUCUGUGCUAGAAUUUGUGAGUGUAACUCAACUAGGUAGUGGGUACGUGUGUGGGUGUCUGAGUGAGUGAGUGAGUGAGUGAGUGAGUGAGUGUGUGUAACUUUAAUGGACCGAACUAGCUAUUUAGAUGACAGGAUUAUUGGUUUGAAACAACUGAGUAAUGUCACACCCCUCCCCAUCUAAUUCUGUAUUUACAAUGAUGAGUAACUGUUGCGCUCCAGAUUUUUUUUGUUUGAAACGUCUGUCUACUCUAACCAGGAGAGCUAAUGGUGAGAGAUCAUGAGAUUUGCUGUCCAAAGCUACCUGCCUGGCCCUGACUUACAACAUCAUGUUUUUUCAAAGUUAGGAUUUCAUAGCUGUAUUUUCCACAGUGAGUGUGGCGUUGUCUGCUGCUGUACAUAAUAGGAAGAAUUGAACCAGAGCAUUGGCCAGCUGCAGGAACAUCUUGCAACAGUUGUGAGGUACAGCCAAAGCUGUGGAUUCUUUGGCACAUCUAUGUUCAAAACAAAGAGCCCUUAUUUCCACUGGCCUUUCCUCCUUUGGAUUAAGGCAGGAGGGGGGAGCAUUGAGUUCAGUUGCAUAGGAGCAGGUAGAGCUGUCAGACAGUAGAGUGAUGCACUGCCCAGCUUUUAUUUCAUCUGAAUUCUGUGUGGGAGAAAGGAAACAUUGUAUGCAGGCAUGCCAGGCACUUUUAGUCAGCAGAGUUCAAUGGGACAUGCCCCUGCCUCAGGAAGGACCAUGUAGUAAAUAUCAGACAAAAGUAGAUGGAGCAUGUUUAAGGUAGAUGGGGCAUGCCUAUAGGUAGAAAGGGGGGGGCAACUUUAAGGUGGAUGAAGCAUGCCUAUAGAUAGAUGGAGCAUCUUUAAGUAGUGGAGAAUCCAAGGGUAUGCUCUGCAUACCAGGCUUUUCUGAAGGUAAAGACCAGUUUUUGCUUGAUGGGCCAGAAGGACUAGUGGCUACAACAUGUUUGGCUUGACCAUGAAGACCAGGAAAAUAUAAAACCCUGCUUACUAUAUAAGUGAAACAAGGUCAGGAAAUAUAUAAUAAAGCAAACUGACAUUUAAUCUCAAUUGCCCCAGCAUCAGUUACUUUUAUCAGGCUCCAUUUUCUAUUACAUUUCCUCACCUGGGAAAAGAAAUUUUCUUCUGUCUCACAGACAGAUGUAUGUACACAUAUAUCCUAAUCACGAAUUUUAACUAAUGGAGUGAAUAGAGGAUUAUUAUGUUUUAGUUAGUCGUAUAUGGUUUCCCCACCCAGACAUACUAGUCAAGACCUUACAUUGGUUUUUAAAUGGUUAAUUUUUUUAAAAAAAAAAAUGCUCGUCCCAGAUUGGAGGAUACUUGAGACAAAGUUAAAUAUGGCCAACUGGUAUUUUGUCAGCCUCUAAGAAUGCAAUAAAUUAAUCUUUGUUUUUUGAGCAUUUCUAUACAUUUUUGUAUGGUUUUUGACUGAAUAGUAUGUUUUGUAACACUUGAAUUUUAUGUAAAUAGAUUGUGCUGAGAUCGGUUCAGUUUUAUGUUUUCUUUUAAGUGUUUCUAUGAAUGGAGCAUCUGUGGAAAAUCUGAUUUUUGAUGGAUGUGUGGAGAAUAUUUUAUGUUUAAGUAGGUUGUCUACAUGUGUGAGUACUGAAAAAUAAAGUAUGGAGAAGUUGU